CGCACCAAAACAGUGUUUGGUCAUGUGACUUAAGGUCCGAAGUUUGCGGGAAUCGACAUGGCGAACGAUAUGACAUUAGCAGUGCCAGACUUGGUGCAAUGUCCUGUUUGUUUUAAAGACUUCAGGUCUUCCACAAUUAACGGACAUCUCGACGUAUGUCUAUUGGAAAGCGUUACCGAUAAUAUUCCAUCCCCAGUCGACGAGAGCGGGCCUCCUUUAAAGAAACUUCGCAUUGGCGCGGAGCCUGUAGUACCCGAACCCCCUAGCAGCAAAGCUGUGUCCAGCUCUUCCGUAAUGGUAGAACCGCCGUCAUCUGCGGUAUUCUCCCUGUUUCAAACCAACAAGAGUAAAGUGUCGAUCCAAAAUGAGCAGAACUGUUCAUUUACCAGUAAACAAAGUGCUGCUAAUGCUGUCAACAAGGGCGUUAAACGUAGUUUACUGAACGAGGCUGAACCUGGACCAGGAUGUAGAGAGAAAAGCCAAACAUCUGAGUUUACCAGACAGAUUUUGAAGACACCACAGGGUUUAUCGCCACGGACCCUGCUAACGAUGGACAAACCUUUGGCGGAGAUGCUCAGACCAAACACACUCGAGGAAUACUUUGGCCAAAGUAAAGUUGUAGGCCAGCAAACACUGCUCCGCUCACUUCUCGGCUCCCAGGACAUGCCAUCCCUGAUCUUCUGGGGACCACCGGGAUGUGGGAAGACCACUCUAGCUCACAUAAUAGCCAGCACCAGUAAAAAGAAUGGCACGGCUCGCUUUGUCACCAUGUCUGCUACCAGCGCAUCCACCAGUGAUGUCCGAGAGGUGAUCAAGCAGGCACAGAAUGAGCUCAGACUCUGCAAGAGGAGGACCAUUCUGUUCAUUGAUGAAAUUCACCGCUUCAACAAAUCCCAACAGGACACCUUCCUGCCCCACGUGGAGUGUGGGACAGUAACACUGAUUGGAGCGACCACAGAGAAUCCAUCCUUCCAGGUAAAUGCUGCCCUGCUGAGCAGGUGCAGGGUGCUGGUUCUAGAGAAGCUCUCUGUGGAGGCACUGGGCUCAAUCCUGGGCAGGGCUGUGGCCACACUUGGGAUCAGGGUCCUAGGACAAGGUUCAUCAAUUCCCAAAGAUCAAGAUCAAACAGAUGGACAUGAGCCAAACAUUUACAUUGAACAAAAAGCUCUGGAUACCAUAGCCUACCUCUGUGAUGGGGAUGCAAGAGCAGGACUCAAUGGUCUGCAGCUGGCUGUUCAGGCUCAGGUGAACUUGACCCAAGCCAACCUGUUAGCACAAGAUGGUUCACCUCAAGAGAUACUGGUAAAGGAAGAGCAUGUCAAGGAGGGUCUUCAGAGGUCCCAUAUUCUCUAUGACAAAGCUGGUGAGGAGCAUUACAACUGUAUCUCAGCGUUGCAUAAGUCUAUGAGAGGCUCCCAUGAGAACGCCUCCCUCUACUGGCUGGGCCGCAUGCUGGAGGGUGGUGAGGAUCCCCUCUAUGUGGCUCGCAGAUUGAUCCGCUUUGCCAGUGAGGAUGUUGGUAUGGCAGAUCCCUCUGCUCUUCCUCAGGCGGUGUCCGCCUUCCAGGCCUGUCACUUCAUUGGGAUGCCUGAAUGUGAGGUGAUCCUGGCUCAGUGUGUGGUGUAUCUAGCACGCGCACCCAAGUCUGUGGAGAUCUAUACGGCUUAUAAUAAUGUGAAGGCUUGUUUGAGGAACCACAAAGGCCCUCUGCCUCCUGUCCCCCUGCACCUCCGCAAUGCCCCUACCAGGCUGAUGAAGCAACUGGGCUAUGCUAAAGGCUACAAAUAUAACCCAGCCUUCAGCAAGCCUGUGGAGCAGGAGUACUUACCCAAGGAGCUGCAGGGCAUUGACUUCUUCACCUGGUCAACCUCAGACCCAUGAGCAUCUCUUGUAAGGAUUUACACCACAACAUACAGUGAGAACCAAGGCUGUCGAAUGAAAACAGUCACCAUAAACAAUUGGUGCGAUCUGAUGUCGGUAUUACUGUGUAGAACUGCUGAUCCAAAUUCAGACUUACAGGUAGGAUUUUGUCAGUUGUUUUCAUUAAUUGAUUAUUAUGCUUGCAUCAGUCAGAUAUAAUCUAUAAAUGUAUCUACAAUGUUCCUUUAGUCCAUUGUUUUGAAUGCAUUAUAAAAAUGCACAAACUCUUUACCUUUCCAUUUACUUUCAUAUCACUUUCAUUUGCUUUUAGAUAUGCUCAUGAUGAAGUCCUUAAUCCAGUCAAAUGAAUAACAAAAUAGUAAAUAUACAUGUUAUGCUCUUAUAUUUCCUUAGUUUGUUUUAUGUUAAAUACAUAUAUUUUGGGAUUUACCUUUGUCCUGCCUCCAUAAAAUGUACC